UUUUGGAUUAAAUGAUCUUCUUCAUUAUUUCUGUCCAAAAUGUCAAGUGAGAAGCACUCCCACAAGUCUACAAAGGAUAAGAAUGACAAAGAGAAAAAACAAGACAGUCCAACAAAAGAACAGCUCAAGGUGAAAAAACAUAAUGAGCAUGUUGAAAAACUGAAAUCAAAGCGAAGACCAUUCGCAAUUGGCAGUGUUUUCCCAUCUGCCGAAGAAAAUGUUGAGAAAGAAGAACGUAAACAUGCUGCCGAGCAUCAGCUUGAUCCCAAAACUUUAACUUUUGCCAUUGAUUUCAUUUUUGAAAGAGGCAUCACACUUGGGUUGGAGAGCUUCAAUAAUAGACUACACGAUGGAAACAGUACAUUUAACGGUGCGCAAGAGCAAGAAUCUGCAAUGAUCCAAUCACCAAGGACACCAACUUUUAACACAGCCCAUGGUACAUACUUUAUGCCAAAACCAACUAGAGGGAAUUCGAAAGCUAAUUAUGAUGAACCUGAAGGCAAAAAGCAUCAAAUAGGCGGGGUGAUACCUGACAAUAACUACGAGUAUGACGAAGAAGUAGAACACGAUGAAGAACCCACGGGAGAUGAGUCUCUUCACACUAAUAGACAAAAGAUGAAAAACGAUGACUUUGAGCAGCCAAACAGCGAUGAUGAUGAAGACUAUGAAGGACAGGUGGGUGGAGAACUCGAGAAUAAACACGAGGAAGCAGACGAUGCACAAGAGAGGAUUGAAGAAAGUAAAGAUGAAAAUAACGAGAAUGAUUACAACUAUUGGUUCCGUGUUAGAGAAGUUAUCAGGGAGCCCUUAGCUGAAUUCCUUGCUACUUGCAUAGCUAUACUGAUAGGUUUAUGUGCAAAUACUCAGACAAUGAUCUACACAAGAUCUAUCACCGCAGCGUACUCGAAUGUUAACCUUGCGGGUGGUCUAGGUGCUACCGCCGCAAUAUACAUAGCAGGUGGUAUCAGUGGUUCCCAUAUUAAUCCAGCUAUUACUCUCAUGCUAGCUAUCUUCAGAGGUUUUCCAUGGACGUAUGUACCAAGGUAUUUCGUGGCUCAACUUUUAGGUGCUUUCGUUGCAGCCGGUUUGACUUGGGCGAUGUAUGGAGUUGAUAUCAGCUACAUAGAUCCACUUCAUCGAGUCAAGGGAGAUGGUGCGACUGCAAAUUUGUUUGUCACGGAGCCGUUCACGGAACACGGUACACCAGUGGGUGUGUGUGUCUUCCAAGAGAUUCUAGCGGGAGCUAUUUUGACUGUAACUGUCUUAGCACUUGGAGAUAAGGACAAUGCUCCUCCUGGCGCUUCUCUUGGUGGUCUUAUUAUAGGUUUGGUUAUCUUCGCUGUUGGUACUGCUAUGGGCACUCUAUCUGGAUACGCCACAAAUCCAGUCAGGGAUUUCGGCCCACGUAUUUUCCUCGCUUCCGUGGGGUAUUCAAGUGAACUCUGGACACAUGAUAAAUGCUGGUUCGUUCUAGGACCAUUGAUUGGUACAUUCGCUGGAACUAUAUUAGGUGCCACUGUAUAUGACACAUUUAUUUACAUAGGCGUCGGUUCACCAAUCAACUUUAACAGAACUCAAUGGUUUAACUGCCUCGGCAGGAGCGGAAAGAGCUUUGUUCGUAUUCCACGUCGUACAGCCAAGCGUUCUCAUAACAUGGUACGAUAUGUCGUCGGACGCAAGAAUCGGAAUGAAGAAAAGAUAAAGAAGUGGGAAUCAUCCCAGAGAAAAGGAGAGAAAGCGGUUUAGCAGUUGUGGUCUGUUUUAGGAUUCGCAGUAUAACUCUGGGCUGUAAUACAAGGAUAACCCCAUUUUUCACCUGUGUCUUCGUAAUUACAUGCAUUAGUUAAGCUUAAAAUUCCAACGUAUGCGUACGCUUUAUGAAGUAUAUUUACAUUUACGCAGUUAUUAUGAUGACAGAACAAGCGCUUCAUAUCACUGAAAUAAUAUGUGGCGAAAUGCCAUAAUAUGCUUCAUCGAAACAAUGACAUAGAUUGAAAUGAUGGUCAUUGAUUUUUAAGUCUUACUAUCUUUGGGGUCUAUGGUGUCCAAC